UGGUUAAUCACUGUAAUCACUUCAAGUUUUAUAUUUGAAUACUCAUCGAAUUUCGGAUAAUUUAUGUAAAAAAUAAGUUUUAGCAAAUUAGUUUUUACUAUUCAAAGUUCAGUGAAGGCACAUUUAAAUUGGAACUUUGUUUUUUAAUGAGAACUGUUCAAAAUGCACACAAUACAUUGAAAAUUAGUUUUAAGUUUUAUAAUGAAAGAUGCCAGAUAUUAACUUAUUUGUACACAGUUGACAAUUUAAAGGUCAAUUUUUCUUCACCAGUCUGCAGAUUACAACUUCGUGAUCCUUAAUUGCCGAAACUAGAAUACUGAAACUUUAGCAAAUCAACUAUGGUAAUCAAGGCUCCAAAAUUAGACCAUCAAAUACAGAUUGAUGAAUUCAACAUACAAGUACCUUGGGGUCAUAUCGCAUGUAGAUGGUGGGGCUCAAAAAGUUUACAACCGAUAAUUUGCUUACAUGGAUGGCAAGACAAUGCUGGUACUUUUGAUCGUCUUAUACCGCUUCUACCGACUCAUCUAAGUUAUCUAGUCAUUGAGUUUCCUGGCCACGGAUUAUCGUCUCCGAUACCACAUGGAAUGAUUUAUACAUAUUCAACGUUCCUGUACGUCCUAAUGUUUGUGAUAAAAAAAUACAACUGGAAGCGUGUGUCACUAUUGGGCCAUUCGUUGGGUGCAAUGGUAUCGUAUACAUUCGCUUCAACAUUUCCGGAUCGAUGUGAUAUGGUCAUCAGUGUGGAUCUGAUUAAGCCGGACACGCUCUGGCGAGAUUUUGCCUUAAAGUUCUUAAUUCGUGACAUUAACAACAUAUACAUAGCGGACAAAAGAAAUCAGGAGAACAGUGAACCACCCAGCUACACCUACGACGAUUUAAUUAAAAAGCGACACUCUAAUAAGUCAUUUCCGAUGAAUAUUGAAUCACUUCCGUUUUUAAUGUAUCGCGGUGCGAGACCGUCAAAAAGUGAUCCGAACAAAUAUUACUUUUCGUGUGACGGUCGACUGAAGGAAUUCGAAAUUAUCAUUCCGGUCGAUGUGUACGACGAUAUGGCGAAGAGAAUAGUGUCGCCGUUUUGUUUUAUUAAGGCGCAACAAUCAUUGUUCCCCGAGACGGAGUACCUUAGAAUUAUUGAAAAUAUGCAAUCGAAUCAGAGCUUUGAAUUGCAUCGAGUGGAAGGGGGACAUCACGCUCACCUUGAUAAUCCGGAAGCGGUAGCGGCAGUAGUUUCUAAAUUUAUUGAUAGAUAUCGACCAUUAGACUGUAAACUAUGAAUUUGUUUGUAAGACAAGACAUAAAAAAGGCUUUUGCUUUCUGAUAUUUUUGUGAUGUUAGUUGGUUGAAGUUGUUCUAGUGAUAAUGGACAAUAAACUAAUGAAAUCAAAUUGAUUUCAAUAAAGUGCAGGAAAGUAGAGGGGCAUAAACAACGCAUAAUGCGUUGGCAUAAAUAAAAAAAUGUUUUAACCAA